AUGUCAAGCAUGAUCCUCUUCCCAGAAGAUGUGAUGUAUGAAAUCCUUGUAAGGCUACCUGCGAAAUCGAUCAUUAAUUGUAGGUACGUUUGCAAAACAUGGUUUUCCUUAAUUUCUAACCCCAAAUUUGCGGAACAGCAUCUCGAGCAUACUAUCCACAACAGAAAAACACAAUCUAAGUUCAUGUUUAUGAUUAAAGAAGGCACCAAGCCAUAUUAUCCUCUAGUUAGCACCGUAAGUUAUGAUGAUACGCUCUAUUCUUCUUCUUUCGAGCAUAAUGGUGGUGGUGUUCCGAUGGAUCUCCCAUUCCAAGACUUGGCUCAUUCAAUUCAGUUGUUGGGAUCUUGUAAUGGUUUGAUUUGCGUCAUGUUCCAAACUUGUAUGGUUGAUGAGUUGGUGAAGGUCCCUGUCAUCUGGAACCCAACAACUAGAGAAUACAAGAUAUUACCCAAUUCACAAACUAAAUUUACAAACCGCUCCUCUUCUAUUUAUUCAUUUGGUUAUGAUGGUAAUAAUGACGACUACAAGCUCCUGAAAGGUGAAUUCUCGCGAGAUGGUUCUGUCACGUUGCCACCCACUGAGGAGGAGGUUCAUGUUUCAGAGGUAUAUUCGUUACUGUCAGAUUCAUGGAGAAGCAUCCGGACCAAUAUGCCUUAUCAUAUUCUAAAGUAUAUCCCAUAUGAUACCGUAUCUGGGGUGGUUGUCAAUGGACUUCGUCACUGGUUAGCUGGAUGCAGGAUUCUUGAGAAGGAGCUACAGCAGGAGUCAAUCAUCUCUUUUGAUUUCAGCGAGGACAAGUUUAAGCAAAUGCACUUGCCAAAAGCAUUUAUGAAAAAUAGCACUUAA